AUGGGUCCUGUGGGUCCUAGGGGUCUUAUGGGUCCUGUGGGUCCUGUGGGUCGUAUGUGUCCUGUGGGUCCUAUGGGUCCUAUGGGUCGUAUGUGUCCUGUGGGUCCUAUGCUUCUUAUGGGUCCUGUGGGUCCUAUGGGUCUUAUGUGUCCUGUGGGUCAUGUGGGUCCUAUGGGUCCUGUGGGUACUGUGGGUCCUAUGGGUCCUGUGGGUACUGUGGGUCUUAUGUAUCCUCUGGGUCCUGUUGGUCCUAUGGGUCCUGUGGGUACUGUGGGUCUUAUGUGUCCUGUGGGUCCUGUGGGUCCUAUGGGUCCUGUGGGUACUGUGGGUCUUAUGGGUCCUGUGGGUCCUAUGGGUCUUAUGUGUCCUGUGGGUCAUGUGGGUCCUAUGGGUCAUGUGGGUACUGUGGGUCCUAUGGGUCCUGUGGGUACUGUGGGUCUUAUGUAUCCUCUGGGUCCUGUGGGUCCUAUGGGUCCUGUGGGUACUGUGGGUCUUAUGUGUCCUGUGGGUCCUGUGGGUCCUAUUGGUCCUGUGGGUACUGUGGGUCUUAUGGGUCCUGUGGGUCUUAUGGGUCCUGUGGGUCCUAUGGGUCUUAUGUGUCCUGUGGGUCAUGUGGGUCCUAAGGGUCCUGUGGGUACUGUUGGUCCUAUGGGUCCUGUGGGUACUGUGGGUCUUAUGUAUCCUCUGGGUCCUGUGGGUCCUAUGGGUCCUGUGGGUACUGUGGGUCUUAUGUAUCCUCUGGGUCCUGUGGGUACUGUGGGUCUUAUGUAUCCUAUGGGUCCUGUGGGUAAUGUGGGUUCUGUGGGUACUGUGGGCACAGUGGAUUUUAUGGGUCCUGUGGGUCCUGUGGGUCCUGUGCGUCCUGUGGGUACUGUGGGUCCUGUGGGCACUGUGGGCACAAUGGAUUUUAUGGGUCCUGUGAGUCCUGUGGGUCCUGUGGGUCCUGUGGGUCCUGUGGGUCCUGUGGGUACUGUGGGUCCGGAUAUUUGGAGAACCGUUGCGUGGAUAGAACGGAUGAAGUCACUUGGUCGAGAGAUCUACAACCUAACUGGUACUUUCUGUUGCUUGAAUGGUUUUGGGCUGAAUUUAAAUUAA